CAGACCUUACGAUCCAUUCUGUAAUUGUAUAGAUAUAUGGUUUGCUAUAAUAAUGGGUAAACACUAUUUAAGUGGAUUUUCUUUCUGUUAUGUCUUUUGUUUUGUAAUUUUAAUUUUACUGAAAGAGAAACCUGAAAAUGGAGAAAAUGCAGAUGAUAUAGAUUGCAUUUUCCAUCUGUUUUUGGAAAAACAUGAUUGAUUGUCAUCUUUUCCUAUUAUAGUUUGCUUCCAAGUUGUCUUUUUCUCGGCAUUAAUAUUGCAGUUUAUGGUUAAGUCGAGUUUUUCUUCUUUAUAAGGUUUAUUUUUCCGAGCGUUUCGGAUUCAUCUAAAAAACGUAAAUGGACAUACA